GUUUAAAUGCCAACUUUAUUGUAUAUAGCUAUAUAAACAGCGAUAUUUUAAAUAACCCCCCCGUAAAAAAGUCGAGUUACACAUUAUUAAAAAUAUUUAAAUGUUUUAUGUCAAAACAAAAUGCAUUUUGUUUUAUUUUGAGCGCUUCUAUGACCUCCUAUACAGCAGGGGGCGCCAAUUGCUUCACUAACACGAGUUACAGCAGAAGAAGACGAGAUGUUUUGUUUUCAGCAUGUGUGCCUGAAUUAAGUAUUUUAUUUAAACGUGAGGUUGUCUAGUCUGAUCAACCCACCAAGUGCGAAUUAGUUAACAUUUACGAAGUAAAUAAACAUACAUUGAAUACAAAGCACAGGUUCUGUAACAUCGCAAACAGAAUGCUACAAAAAUGCGCUGUUGGCGGUUGUCCGAACAGAUCGGACACGAUUAUACUUUAUAUUUUACCCGAGGAUCCAAAAAGACGCAGCGCAUGGAUGGAGUUUAUGGAAGACACCAAAGCAAAUGGGGAAAACGUGUCGUCUUCAUGUCGCGUGUGCGGUGAUCAUUUCUCUGAGGACUGCUACUUCAAACUGGAUCUGGGUUACACCACUUGCAAGAUAUUAAGCGUGGACGCAGUGCCCACAAUCCUCUCUGUUAAUCGAUCAUGUGAGACUGUAAACAGCAUACAGAACGAGGAGACCGAUGACACAUGUGCAAUCACCAUUGCUGAGACCAUUUCACUUGCGUGUGUCAAAGAGGAACCUCUUGAAUUUGAUUUGAAUUGCAGCAGGACACCCCAAGAUGAUCAAAACUCGUCGCUGGAGGACACUGUAAAAUGUGAGGAAAGUGAGCUUACCAUUACUGAAGAUAUGGACAUGAAGAAACCUGACCAAGAUGCGAAAGUAAAGAAAGUGAGAAAAGGUGGUAGACUCAGGUCUUUCAAAUGUUUAGCUUGUGGGCAGAAGUUUCGCGGUAGGGGUGCACUUAUACAGCAUCAACGGGAAAAACACCUGAAGCAAAAAAGCGAAUCAGUGACUCAAGAGAAGAUUAUUGCUUGUUCAACUCCUACCGAAAAGUUCCCCAAAAUGGGUCUCUCUAUGCAACAUAGCGCUACACACACUGCUAUAGACACUGAAGGGAAUUCUGAUAAAAAGCACAUGUGUGAUCAGUGUGGAAAGAGCUUUGCUUAUGAAAGUUUUUUGAAAGUUCAUCAGAAAGUUCACGAGUAUGGUGAGUCCGUACUGCCAUUUGCUUGCCACUUAUGUCCCAGACGCUUUGGCUACAAAGUAGCCCUCGUCGCUCACCUUAGACAGCACGUGCGGAAAACUGAAAGCCUUUGCCCAAUCUGUGAAAAGAGUUUCCCUGUCCAAGAGUUUCCUGCUUCAGCACAUCAAAACAUCUCAUGCUACGAAAAAACUCUUUUGUAAGACUUGCAAUAGUAGUUUCAAGCUCAACGGCUAUAUGAAACACAUGGACAUGCACAACAAGGUGACCCCGUACUACUGUCAAAUCUGCAAGAUCUAUCUCACGCAGAAAGACCACCCGGGGCACGUGCUCAACCAUGAAAAAAACAGUGUGUCUGAAGAGCCUGUUGCAUCCUCCAAAGACAUACCAAGAAGAGGCAGAAAGAAGCGUGCACAUGUAUCAGAACAACACAACAAUUCUGAAGAAGGUUCAGCGCCUGGAGUCGGGUCAGACAGCGAGCUUGUAACCGUCAGGCAGGAGGAGGCCGAAAUGGAGCUGUCUGGUGAAGCCAACAUUCUGGAUAGGAGUGCGGCAGAUCCAUCAGAAGGCGGUGGAAUCUGAAGAGGCUCAGAUUUUUCUGAAAUAGGAAGUAACCCAAGAUAUUCAUUAAGAGGAGAAAAGUAUGGAUGAUGCUCUUACUCAAUGAGCCGAGAUAUCAGUUUCAUUACAUCAGUAUGAAAGGUUUAGAUGUGUUUUUGUAGUUUGAACUUUUUUUAUUGAGGUUGUUUCUAUUUGAACACUGUUUUACUUUAGGCAGAUUUGUAGAUGAAUCUUAAGUUACUCUGUCAACUAAACUAAAUAUUGGCUAUUUUAGGUAGACUUCUGUUUGUUACAGAACACAUUGUGUAUACAUACAUUUUGUCUUUUUAAUCAUGGUAGGAAAGGUAAAGUAUUAUGUUGCAGAGCUUAAAGAUAAAUGUGUGCAUUGAAAGAAGCAAUUCAUAAAAAUCAUGUAGUUUUUACACUG